UUUCAUCUGCAUGCCCUCUCGCUCUGCAUCAUCACACUAUCCCACUUCGGAUUUUUCUGUAUUUAUUAUGUCUUUGAGACUCAGAUUUACAGAGCUCAAAACUCCAAUUUCACCUCUGCUUUUUGCUUCUCUCUCCUCACUCGCACUCAGAGAGAGAAGCAUCGCCACCCUCCAUCAACCAUUGGGAUUCGAGCAAAGAGACAGCGAGCAACAGUGAAGAUUACAUCUCCCCAAACUAAACUUGCAACACCCCACCAUUGAAUUUGCAUGCUCACUGUUCAGUGGUCUCACUCUCUCUCCAAAUUAUUCUUCACUUGACUUCACUCUCACUGACACAUUUACAUACACACGCCGACUCCGCUCCGCAAUUGUGACCGCUCUUUAACCUUUUUUAGCCAUUUCAUCAAUUAUUUGGCAGGCGCACUGCGUUAUGGAGGAAAGGCCGGAGACGGAGCUGAUAUCAAUACCGGCGACUCCACGCGCCUCCACGCCGGAGAUACUGACUCCCUCUGGGCAGAGGUCUCCGAGGGGCGCGGCGAAGGAGGCGGGUUCCGGCACCGCCAAGUCAUGGACGCCGACUUCCUUCAUAUCUCCGAGAUUCUUGAGCCCCAUUGGCACUCCCAUGAAAAGGGUUCUCAUCAAUAUGAAGGGGUAUUUGGAGGAAGUGGGCCACUUGACCAAGCUCAACCCUCAAGAUGCUUGGCUCCCCAUUACUGAGUCUCGCAAUGGAAAUGCCCAUUAUGCGGCUUUUCACAACCUCAACGCUGGUGUCGGCUUCCAGGCAUUGGUCCUGCCUGUUGCCUUUUCUUUUCUUGGAUGGAGUUGGGGCAUAAUCUCCUUAUUCAUAGCCUACUUUUGGCAGUUAUACACUUUAUGGAUUCUUGUUCAGUUGCAUGAAGCUGUACCAGGAAAGAGAUAUAACAGAUAUGUGGAGCUUGCUCAGGCAGCAUUUGGAGAACGCUUAGGUGUCUGGCUUGCGCUCUUUCCAACUGUGUACCUAUCAGCUGGAACUGCAACAGCUCUAAUUCUAGUCGGAGGGGAGACCAUGAAAUUGUUCUUCCAGAUUGUAUGCGGUCCACUUUGUUCCUCAAAUCCUCUGACAACCGUUGAGUGGUAUCUGGUAUUCACAUCCCUCUGCAUUGUGUUAUCCCAACUCCCUAAUCUCAACUCGAUCGCUGGGCUCUCGCUUGUUGGUGCUGUGACAGCCAUUACAUACUCCACCAUGGUGUGGGUGCUCUCUGUGAGCCAACAACGACCACCGUCCCUUUCCUAUGAACCACUUUCAUUGCCUACCUUAACGGCUUCUGUCUUUUCCGUCCUGAACGCACUUGGUAUCAUAGCAUUUGCAUUUAGAGGCCACAAUCUAGUCCUGGAAAUUCAGGCAACAAUGCCGUCAACCUUCAAGAAACCAGCUCAUGUGCCAAUGUGGAGGGGGGCCAAGGUUGCAUAUGUCUUUAUUGCAAUGUGUUUGUUCCCUGUUGCCAUAGGAGGUUAUUGGGCGUACGGGAACCUCAUGCCUUCCGGAGGAAUUCUCAAUGCAUUAUUUGCAUUUCAUAGCCACGACAUUCCUAGGGGGCUUCUCGCCAUGCCGUUUCUUCUUGUCGUAUUCAACUGCUUGAGCAGCUUCCAGAUAUACUCGAUGCCGGUAUUCGACAGUUUCGAAGCUGGCUACACCAGCCGGACCAACCGGCCUUGCUCGAUAUGGGUCCGCUCUGGUUUCCGAGUGUUCUAUGGAUUCGUCUCUUUAUUGAUAGGCGUGGCUCUCCCAUUCUUGUCGAGCCUCGCCGGUUUACUAGGAGGGCUCACUCUCCCGGUCACUUUUGCAUACCCCUGUUUCAUGUGGGUUCUCAUAAAAAAACCGAUCAAAUACAGCUUCAACUGGUAUUUUAACUGGAUCCUAGGUUGGUUGGGGAUUGCUUUCAGCUUGGCAUUCUCCAUCGGCGGCAUUUGGAGCAUGGUGAACAGCGGACUCAAGCUGAAGUUUUUCAAGCCAAAUUGAGAAUCGGAACUAUCUCGUCCGAUUCUUGCUAAGAUGUUCUGAGUUUGUAUUAGUGAAUGUUGUUGUUGUAUGGUUUUGAUCGUAGAGACUGCCUCCAGGUUUCAAUCAAGAACUACUGUGAAACUUCUUUAUGUAAAUUUAUAAUAUUAUAAUCAAAUUUUGAGGCAGUUGUUUUUACCUUUGCUUAACCAGUUUGUACGAGGAUUGUGAAAUCCGAGUUUUCUUGGUUCGAUUUUCCAA